UCCCAGCGUUGCUUCUCCCCUUCUUGCGGAGUGAAGAUGUACCGGAGCGCGUGUGUGCCGCUGACUCUCCUGGUGCUGACAUUUGCAGUGCCGACGGGACAGGCCUGUCCCAGGAGCUGCAACUGCUACCAGGCCAACGAAGUCCACUGUACCUUUCGCUCCCUGCUCACCAUACCUUCGGGCUUACCUGUACACACACGCCGCAUAAACCUAGGGUUCAACAGCAUCAGCAGGAUCCAUAACAGUUCUCUGGCUGGGCUAAAGAAGGCGGAGCUUCUGAUGCUCCACAGCAAUGACCUCCAUCAUCUCCCAAAUGCAGCAUUCAGAGAUAUGAAAUCACUACAGAUACUAAAGCUGAGUUAUAACAAGCUGAGAGAGAUCGCUUCAUCUCUGACCUUCUCUGGCCUGACCUCACUGCUCCGUCUGUACUUGGAUCACAACCUCCUGCAGCACAUCCACCCCCGGGCGCUGCUCCAGCUGACUAGCCUCAGGCUGCUGCGUCUGCAAGGGAACAGGCUGCAUCAGCUGCACCCUCACGCUCUGUGCACGCUGUCCAUACUGAAUACAUAUUACUUCUCUACCCUCAGACACCUAGACCUGUCCAACAACAGCCUAACCACUCUGCCCAGAGAGACCGUAGUGACGGCACCGCUGUUGGAGACUCUUGUGCUGCAGGAUAAUCCAUGGAGCUGUGACUGUAAAAUGAGCUGGUUUCUCACCUGGAGUCUGGCUCAUCCAGGCCCCAUGAAAAGUCCUGGCAGCCCGCAGAGUCCAAUCUGUGCCUCGCCCAAUUCCCUUCAAGGCCAGGGCUUGCUUGACCAGACUGACCUUUUGUGCACCUCGCCCGUUAUCACCUCCCCGGGAAGAGACACACCUUUGGAGGCAGAACCCGGUGAAAUCCAAUCAAGGGAAUCCUUCAGAAAGCCUUCAGGCUUCGCCUCUCUGGGUCUGUCCGACCAAGAGGGGAACAGCGUCGAUCUUGGCUGCAACAUCACUCACUCUUCCGACUCCCAGGAUAUCGCCCCCCCUCCAGAUCUGUCUCUUUCCUCCUCUUCUCCUAUCCCCCUCACCCUCUCACUCUCCCUGGAGUGCGCCGUGGAGAAACAGAGCUACGAAACUCUUUGGAGGAUUCUCGCUUACUACAGUGAGACCGCGGUCCGCCUGGAGAGGGAGAUCAUGCUGAGUAAAGCCCCGGCUUUGGCCUACCGCUACAGGCAGGCAGCAGGAACAGGUGGAUAUUAUCACACAGGAGUAAAAGCUUCUGUUCAAGUCAGACCACAGUGGCUGCUACAGCCAGCCAUUAGCAUUCAGCUGAAUAGAGCGCAGUCUAACGGACACAAAGUCCAACUUAUAUACUCAACAAGAGUCUCUGCACGUCCGGACCCUCCUUCUCAUCCAGGCUAUGCUCCUCAUCCUUCAACGUCCUCCCCUCCCCUUGCCCCGUGGGUGCUUAUUUCAACUAAUCAUACCAUUACGGCCCUGGCAGCAGUAGCAGGGAGUAAAGUGGAGCUGUCAUGCCCUCUUUUAAGCUCUGGUAACCCCAAAGUACAGUGGGUUCUCCCAGAUGGAUCCAUGAUCUCCCCCUCCAGGAGCCAGAAUGGUAGGCUCCAGGCUUCAAACUAUGGAUUACUUCUACAAAAAGCACAGCUCUCAGAGUCAGGAGUUUACCACUGCGUAGCCAGGGCAGGCAGCGAUGUAGAUGUUCUCCGCCUGCGCCUGGCAGUGGAGGAGUCCUCUGUGCCGCCUUUAGGUGAGCAAGUGGGACCUCCUGUCACCGGGAACAUUGGGGAGCCUAUCACUCUGUCCUGCAAUGCAUCUGGCUCGCCAGCGCCUCUCAUGAGUUGGGUGUUGCCAGAUGGAAACAUAGUAAGGCAGGGAUUAGCUGUAUCAGGUGGGCUCACUAUGCAAUCGGAUGGGAGCUUGUUCCUGAACAGCCCGUCUCAGAGGGAUGUCGGCCAUUUCCGCUGCAUUGCUGUCAAUCAUUACGGCAGUGACGCUCUGUCCAUGAAGCUGCAGUUAAACUCGGGACACCUCCCUCAACUCAGGACUUCAUUUGCCACAGGGCCUCAGUCAGCCGCUGGCAGGUCAACCAAGAUACGGGCUCCAUUAUUAGCGGAGGAAGGAUCGGGGGACGAGAAGGAAGAGGACGAGAUACCUCUUUUUGGCAGUAGGAAGCGCCCAAGACCUCUCCAUCCUGGCCCACAAAGACGUUAUCCCAUAGGAAAACCCAGAAGACCUGGACUGCUGAGAGGAGACCCCUUGAGAAGAGGAGUGCCUUUACCAGCCAAUGGCCAGCGAAGAAACCGCUUUGAUAACAGACACAGAGUUACCACAAACAAACAAAGAAUCGACCCUCACAAAUGGGCUGACCUCCUGGCUAAAAUACGACAAAAGACUGUUCAAACUAAUAAUAGCCUGCCCAUCGAAGCUGGGGAGCCCCCAGCUGAACCACAAGGACGAGGGGAAGGCCACCGUGAUGCAGAAGGACAUAUAGCUGAAGGAGCAGCGGUGGAAGCAGAAAAUGAAGGGUCAUCUAUUGGCGACACCGAUCUACAAGAGGAAAGAUUACCGCACAUUCAGCCUACUCAAACAGAAAUGCGAACACACACAGAGGCCAAUAGAGACGAGGAAACAGAUACAGAGAUAAAUAAAGGAACAGAGGGGUCAACAGAAACAAAAACGGAGACAGAGGAAGCAUCUCCGCAGGCGGUGACCAUGACAAACCCAGAGACACAGAACGAACCCAUCACAUCGAAGCCCGUGUCGGGAACCGAUGAAAUUGUCCCAGGACCAGGUGAAGGAGGUGAGCCAGGAGCAAACACCAACAGAUCUGGGACCACGCCUCAACGCCCCCGGCAGGGACUCUCCCCUGAUUUGCUACGAAACUCUCGGCCUCAAAGCCGCUGGAAUUCUCGCAGGAGGAUCGGACAGCAAAGACGCAUCAUCAACAGGCCCAGAGGGCGUCCUGUGACCCCCCCCCGACCUCCCCCCGAUUCUACAAACCCAUGGUCGCAAACUACAGCGCCUGUCACGGAUCAAAAUGUGCUGUUGCUGGCCUCAACAACCACACCUGCGGCUGCUUUCCCAACACAUCUUCCGUCUCCCCCCGUUUCUGGCCCUCAUGGUAUCUCCCCUUCCAAAUCUGCCUCCCCCUCAUCGACUCCAUCUUCCUCUGCUCUAACCUCAUUAUCCCCCCCUCACACAAAUAUACAUAUAGACACAGUGACUCACUCACUCGCCAAAACCCCAGACUCCGCAAGGCCCACUCUCUCCAACGCACAGGCGACAGAACCCACUCACUCGCAUACUGCAAUCACACAGACGCACGAGCCACACGCACACACAGGGACACACACACAUGGCAUCGGGAGGCACACAAAAACCAACAAGGCCUUAGGCAAACGUGUAGAUGGACCCCCGAGCAAACACAGGGGGGAGCCGUGGAUGAAUUUGUCGGGUGUAACAUAUGAAUCCCUCUCAUCCCAUUCUCUCGUGCCCACUUCUUCCCCCGUUAUUUCCUCUAUAGUCUACAGUGCAACAAUUAAUGCAAAAAUCCAAACAACCCCUUCUGUUACUCAGCAGAGCACUCAUUCUACAAUUUCUGAUGAAGGCACUACAAGCACAUCGACUACUACAGCGAGUGGUCACACAUUUCCCACAACCUCUAGGAGUACUCCUAUGAAUAGUACCAUCAUGCCUACUACAACUGCCAUUAUUAUCCCAACACCCGGCACAACCAGAAGUACGACAGGUACUACUUCCUCUACUACUACUACUACUACAAGUCCUUUUAUGACAUCUACUAACACGACUUCAUCAACUAGGCCUUCUACUACUGAUGAUUUUUCCACCGCUACUACUACUACUGCUACUACCUCUUUGAGUACUACAAUCUCGUUCAAAGCUGUUCCCACAACUCGUGACCCAACUACCACUGCUACUACGACUACUUCCACCAGUAGUUCUAGCUUGGUCAUCUCGGCCAAAACCUCUCCAACUACUGGAAAUGCAGCUAAAUCCAGUACAUCACCUCCUUCUACAACGGCAACAAUGAUGAAAUCCACCAGCAGCACAGCAUCAAGUGUUGUGCAUGGUGGUACCGGAAGAAGGCCUGGUUCUGGGGGUCCAAAGCAAAGUCAACCCGCUAUUGAGUGGAAGAACUCUGCGACCAAUUCUAUUCCUGAUUCGCACGGCAGCAGACCUCACUGGCUCCCCUCACUUCCUCUCCCUGCCGCCCCUGGGGCCUCGGCAGUGAGAUCCGGACCGAGGAUCGCAGACCCACACAACAGGACGGUGUUGUUCCCAGCAGAGAGCACUGCCAGAUUGGCUUGUGACGCUCGAGGAGAACCGAAGCCCUCCAUCACGUGGACUAGGAUGGCCGCAGGAGCAGUGAUACCAAUCCACUCCAGCACUCAGCGUUUUGAGGUCUUGCCAAAUGGCACCCUUGUUAUCCAGAAUGUUCAGCUGCAGGACAGGGGAACAUAUAUUUGCAGCGCGCACAGCGUUAUUGGUCGCGACAGGUCGCUAACCACCCUGGAGGUAUGGACCCGCCGCCCUCGGAUGCAGCUGGCCAGCCACAGAGAAGUUACCAUUCAUCAGGGCGGAGUGGUGCAGUUGGAGUGCCGGGCAGAUGGCGUUCCCAGCCCCCUGCUCUCUUGGGUUCUCCCCGAUCGCUCGGUCUUGACCUCCACUGCUCCCCCCACCGGCCGCAUCACCGUGGACAAAAAUGGAACCCUCCACAUCGCAGGAACUCUACCGAGUGACAGAGGAGUCUAUCGCUGCGAGGCCUCAAACUCGGCAGGUGUUGUCAGUGCCUCUGCUCGUGUGCACGUGUCCUCGUUGCCCCCGGUGAUACAGCAACCCAGAGAGGAACACCUGCUCUUGUUUCCAGGGUGGCCUGUUUAUGCUCACUGCUCUGCUCGAGGUGCCCCGCCACCAACCCUCCGUUGGCGAAUCCCAGAUGGGACUCUAGUUCGCCCGUCCCAGUUCCUCCAUGGCAACCUUUUUGUAUUGCCCAAUGGGACACUGCAUAUUCGAGGUGCUGGGCCAAAGGAAUCAGGGAAUUACGAGUGCAUAGCAAGUAAUGCCGUUGGGGCCGAUAAGAGAACAGUGAGGGUAGAAAUCCAAAGGGUAGCAGAAGGUGAAAAGAGAUACAUGGGAGCAAAAAGUGAAGGAGUGAAAGCAGUUGCUGCUGAAAACCAAUCUCCUGUAACUUCACUUCAUAACGAAAGACCUUGGUCCAGACCUUUACCCAGCAACCCAUCAAAUCCAGUCAUCUCCGCUAGACUCUCCCCUGCAUCUCCCUUUGCGAGACACAGCGCCAUGCUGCUCACCCCCGGUUCUUCUCGCUCAUCUUCUUCUCACCCUCACCGACCCAAUCCCACAAACUCAUCUCCUAAAAUCAAUAAAACAGUCACUGGCUCCUCCACACACUUGAACAACAGCAACAAAAAUCAACCCUCCUCUCUUUCCACACCCUCCGGAGUGCCUACGAAUGCAACAAAAGUGCCAAGACGUAUUUACUCUUCCUCCUCUGACAAAAACAGAGCUGCUUUGCAUCCCUCUCCCGUCUCCCCCUUCAGUAAGGCCCAUAUUGUCUCAACCUCACCCUCUAUUCCCACAGUCCACUAUGGCUUUCUUUUACAGCUUCACUGCUCUGUAACUGGUAACCCACCACCCAUUAUCAUUUGGAGGACCCCCAACAGAAAACUGGUGGAUAUGCACUUCAGUUUUGACCGACGUCUGAAAGUGCACACCAACGGCACCCUGUCAGUGCAGAGAGUGACAGAGAAGGAUGCUGGGGAUUACCUCUGUAUCGCGCGGAACAAGGUCUCGGAUGAUUAUCGCCUCCUGCGUGUCUCUGUGGCUACCAAGCCUGCCAAGAUCGAGUCUAAACAGCCACUCACUCACAUGGUGCCUUUGGGCCAGCCGCUCAAGGUGGACUGCCGGGCAUCAGGAAUGCCCGACCCAGAGGUCCAAUGGAGUCUACCAGAUGGAACCAUGGUGAACAGCGUGUUGCAGGGGGAGGACAGAGGCGGGCCAGCACAGAUGUUAACCGUGUUUGACAAUGGGACGUUACUGGUUCCAACAGUCGGGCUGGGAGAAGAGGGAGACUACACGUGUUAUGCCGAGAAUCAAGGAGGUCAAGACACCAUGAAGGUCAAAGUAAAGGUCAUGAUUAGACCCCCACACUUCAGUGAUGACGGAAACCACCACGUCGUCAAAGUACGUCUCGGGGCAACCGCCUCUAUUCGCUGCCAGGCCACAGGAGUUCCUGCCCCGACAGUGACAUGGCUUUCCCCCACAGGCCGUGUCAUCCCAGAAGGUUUGGGACCUGGUCUUUACUCCGAGCGGGUUGCGGCCCUUUCGGACGGAACUCUGGAGGUUCGUCUGGCUCAGGAGAUUGACACGGGAAACUAUACAUGUCGAGCGAGCAACUCGGCCGGGGAGAGGAGUAUGGUGGUGGGUUUGGAGAUGGAGGCUCCUAACCAUGCAGUGAGUGGUCGGGUUGGAGGAAGAGGUUGGAGCCACGGCGAUGGGCCCGGCAGUGGUCCUCACAGUAGAUCAGGGGGCGGUAUCCAUAAUGCAAACGGAGACGCAAGCAAUCUUAGCGGCAACAACGGCGGCAACAAGGGCUUUAGUGAUCCUGAUGGCAGAAUAAGAAACAUCGUUCCAAACCCUGGCACUAGUCCAGCGACCGGCGGCUUCAACCCGGACCUCAUGAGUGAUAGGCGAGCCGGAUCGAACGGGGCGGUCAGUGGGGCCGGGAAUAUAGAAAACAAACCAAUUCACCUCAGAAUAAAUCAAAAGGGAUCCAGCAUCAUGAAUAAUAGAAAUACUAACAGUCGCAGUACAGUUGGAGGAAAAAGUAUAGAAAGGGAUCCUGGGACUUAUAAUAAUGAAGUAUUUGCAGGAAAGGCUGGUGACGAUGCCAACACCAGUGGAAACAAUGGCAGGAUAAGUGGUACUUCUCGAAAUGUCGGAGCUUUUGCUACCAGUGUGUCUAAUAAUGGAGUUGGCACUGGCACACUCAGAGGAAAUGCUUUGAGUAGGAGUAGCAGCAGUAGUAUUCCCAGUAAAAACUCUACUAACGUAAUUUUGGGUGUGGCAACGACAGUGAAGCAGCGAGCGGUGAAAGGCCAAAUUGUUCUCCUACCAUGCCCCUCCCAAGGCUCCCCUCCCCCUCGUCUGGCCUGGCUCCUGCCCGGUAACCGAGUGUUGCCAGCUCCUCACUACGGCAGCCGACUCAUUGUGCACAGGAACGGCUCCUUGGAGCUGCGAGGAGUGCGGACGAGUGAUGGAGGGACCUUUGCUUGUGUGAUUAGUGGUGAGAGAGAUCAGACACGUAUGCAGGUGGAGCUGGAGGUCUCCGAGCCACAGGACGAGGCCAGGUCUCCGCACGGGGGAGCGGCUGUGGAGAGGCCUGUGCAGGACAGUCGUUUGGUAGAGGUGCCUCGCUCAGUGCUGCCAAAGACGCUUCACCCAAGAAUUUCAGUCACUCGAGAGCCUCCACACAGAGCCCAAUCCAUCCCCGAUUCCCCUCUUCCAGUUGGACCUCCACCCCGCACAACCGGCCCCGUUUCAGAGCCGGCAUUGAGCACCAGGACAGCUCCCUUGGUGAGCAUCGUUAAUGGAGAGACCCUGCGCCUGACUUGCUAUGCAUCUAGCAGUCAUGGAGGCCAUGCGGGCACCUUCUCGUGGAUCACGCCAGGUGGCAAGGUGCUGUCUCUCGGGGAGAGCGGCGACAAAUACGUGGUCCGAGAAGACGGAACACUAACGGUGCAACAGGCCUCCGUGUUCGACCGCGGCACGUACACCUGCAGAUCCACCGGUGUCGACGGCUCCUCGGUUUCAGUUGCCACGGUUCCCGUCAUCGUCAUCGCCUACCCCCCACGCAUCACAGCAGGCCCCUCCCCCGUGACCUACACGCGCCCUGGAGUUGCUGUGGAGCUGCGGUGCCAGACGAUAGCAACGCCCCGGGCUGCGAUCACCUGGGAGACGCCAGAGCUGACUCAGCUGAGGGUGACGGGUCAGGCCCGUAUCUAUGGCAACCGCUAUCUCAGUCCUCAAGGUUCCAUGGUGAUAAACAACCCCACAAGUAGGGAUACAGGAUUUUACAGAUGCACUGCCAGAAAUGUACUAGGUGUGGACACCCAGGCAACCUAUCUGCAUGUUAUAUAACAGCCGCACGCACACACAUUGCAGCAAGAAAGACAGAGACACAACCAGUCCUCUGUACUGGUGAUGAACUCGUAUGCUGUUUACACUGAAUCUGUCCCACAUGCCCACACGAACUGCAAGGCUCUGUGAAGGAGUCACUGGUACAUACAAAAAAGAUGAUACUUAUAAACUCGUAUACGUCUCAUGUAUGUGCUUUUAAUGUAUGACUUUGUUUUCAAUACUGUAUGAUUUUAUAUUAAGAAAUCGCUGGAGGUAAACUUUCACUUGUUGUGCUUCGUUCAUCUAAACGCAGGUAUUGCCGAAGCAAAUAAAAAAAGUGUUGCUGAUGCUGAAAGACCAACGUGCUUUACUUUGCCCGUUCUCUUUAAUUCAUUAACACAAUCAUACACUAACACUGAACUACAGUCUAUAGAACGGUGUUAGACCGACCUGGUAAGUGAACAUUGUACACACAAGGUUUUUUUUGCUCAGCACAAAUGUCUACAGGAAACACCAUAUAAACUUGUGUCAUCUUUGUGUUAAAAUGUAUACUGUAUUAACUAUCGAAACAAUUGUCGGGCUUUUUGAACAUACCUCGUCUCGUGAGUUAUUUGUGUGUCUCAAACUGACAAAUAUUUUUCUUCAAAAAUCAAGCGUAUCUCACAUUCUCAGAGCAUUACUGUGGAUUAAUAAGAUCGCACAACAGUCGGUUCUUUGAAGAGGGAUCGUUGUGAUUAUUUAGAUAUUAAAGAUUGUAUAAAUAUAUGUGUGGAGCCUGCCCU